AUGGCUAUACUUCUGCUUGUUGCACUGUUGCCAAAUCUUCUAAUAUUAGGAGUGCAGUCAAUUGGAGUAUGCUAUGGGAGAAAUGGCAACAAUUUACCAUCUCCUCAAGAUGUCAUAAAUCUUUAUAAAGAUAAUGGCAUAACAAACUUGAGAAUUUAUGAUCCAAAUCCUGAAGUACUCAAUGCUCUUAGAGGUAGUAACGUUGAAAUAAUUCUUGACAUUCCCAAUUACAAUCUUCAAGCCUUAACAGAUCCAAAUGCAGCUACAAAUUGGGUACAUACCGAUAUUAUUAACUAUUUUCCAAGUGUUAAAAUCAAAUAUAUAGCUGCUGGAAAUGAAGUUUCUCCAGGAUUUCCUCAAACAGCUCAAUUUGCUCCUUUUAUUCUCCCUGCUAUGCAUAAUGUACAACGAGCAUUAGCAGCUUAUGGGGUACAAAACCAAAUCAAGGUCUCAACGGUCAUGUAUUCGGGUAUUUUAACGAAUACCUACCCUCCUUGGAACGCGAUUUUUCGCGAUGACCUAAAGGGUUUCAUCGUCCCGAUAGUGCAAUUCCUGGCACAGAAUGACUCUCCGUUGUUAGCGAAUAUUUACCCUUACUUCGCGUAUCGAGGUGACCCGGCCCAUGUUGCACUCCCUUAUGCACUAUUUACCCAACCGGGAGCGGAUCCCGGGUCGGGUUAUCAUAACUUGUUUGAUGCUAUGUUGGAUGCACAAUAUUAUGCACUUGAGAAAGCCGAUGGAAAUAACAUAGAAAUUGUUGUUGCUGAAAGUGGAUGGCCUUCUGAUGGUGGAUUUGGAGCAAGUAUGGAAAAUGCUAGAACUUAUUAUAUAAAUUUGAAUAAUCAUGUGAAAUUAGGAGGAGGAACUCCACAUAAGCCUGGAAAAGUUAUAGAAACUUAUUUGUUCGCUAUGUUUGAUGAAAAUUUGAAGGAAGGAGAUGAGACUGAGAAACAUUAUGGAGUGUUUUAUCCUAAUAAAGCUAAGAAGUAUAAUAUUAACUUCCAUUUUUUAAUCAUAUACAUAGUUUAUACAUUGAUUAAACAUAAUUAUACACAUAUAAUACAUAAAUUAUGGAUUUGGGUGCCGGCAGUUCCUGCAUGGGAGAAGGAAUUUUGUUUAAAGAAUGGUGAAUUCACAUGGGAAAAUUUCUUGGAAUGCAAGAGAUAUACAUAUCACUUUUCAAAAAUAUUGGAAUGGAAUGAUUCAGCUGCCGAAGAAGCAUUUAAUUAUGCAAAAAAUAGAUUUAAUGCUGAGUUUCAUAACUUGAAAUUUAUUGAUACUAAUUUUGAGCCAAACCCUAAUCUCUACAUUGAUGAAAUUGAUUGGAAUAAUUCAGAAAAUGAUUCUCAGCUUUUAUUGGAAUUGGAAUUGGCAUUGAAAGCUGCAGAAGAAGAAGAAGAUGAUGGAAUUAAUAUUCCAAAGCAUUUGAGGAGAAAUUAUGAUAUGCCAAUUGAGAAAAUUAUACCAACUGGUUGGAAUGUUGUUGAUUUUGUUGAAUGUAAUGUUUUGACUGGUCUUAUUGUGGGUGAUCAUAGCAGUUGCGGUGAAGGUAGCGAAGUCAUGUGA